AGUGAAGCUUUGCCCAAAACAAUCAUGGCGGCACUGAGCGUCCUGCGGGCUGUGGCAGCGUUUGCCGCCAGGAUAAACCCCUUAAAACGUGUAAAUCAGUCGUCAGAUCUACUUUCCAGGGCAGUAGUGCGCUCAGAAAAAGUUGCUGUCCGUUAUGGAAGUCAUGGGAAGAGAAUGUUUGUCAUCAAGCCCACUGACUUUUAUGACAGAAGAUUUCUCAAGUUACUGCAAUAUUACAUCCUGCUCACUGGGAUUCCCGUUGCAGCGUUUAUAACUUUUGUGAAUGUUUUCAUUGGUGAGGCUGAAUUGGCUGAAGUCCCUGAGGGCUAUGAGCCAGAGCAUUGGGAGUACUACAAGCAUCCCAUUACUCGAUGGAUUGCCCGGAACAUUUACGACAGCCCAGUGAAGGAUUAUGAGAAAAUGAUGGCACUUAUCCAGAUUGAGGCUGAGAAGGCUGAAUUGAGACAAAAACAACUUGAGGUUCGGAAGCACAUGAGGGCAAAAGGAGAUGGACCCUGGUUUUAUAUUGACACACUUGAUAAGAACCUAAUCGACCAGAGCCCCAAAGCAACACCUGAUAAUUAAGCCUGGGCGGACUGGGAUCUGAUGCCCAUCACCUCGAACCUGCCCGAAUUAUUGUCAUUAUACAAUGUAUAAUGGAUACUGAUAUUUGUGCAAAUAUAUUUGUGUUCUUUUGCCACUGGCACCAAUAAAUUGUAGAAG